AUGGCUCCUGCUGGUGACGUCCCGACCCCGUCUGCUCCUGGCGCCGCUGCUGUGCAAGGGAAGAAGCCGUCGGACGCGCGACCAGAUCCGGUGACUCCCAAGACGCUUUUCAACAAUACGGCAGGCUCAAAAAUGGUUAACAAGCUGGUGGAGCGUACGUCGGCCCUCAAGCUGGACGACCUGCCGGCACCAGGGAAGGGAGACAAUGCGGUUAAGCCAUCUGCUGCUGGCAGCUCGUCGUCGGCGCCGGAUGUGCUGGACAAGGGCAAAACGAAGGCUGAGGACAAGGACAAUGAGGACGGUUACCUCAGUGACGACCCGGACGAGUGCCAGGACCCAGAGGUGCUCAACGCAAUCGCUGCACAGGCGGGAUUCGCCAUCACCCUGCUGGUCCCGUUCGCCUGGAACAAGGAGGUUCCCCGCACCAUCAACACGGUCCGGCAUCUCCUGCUGGUCUGGGGGAAGCAUCUGUCAGAGAAUGUCAGGACGACGACUGGUUUCAAGCAGCUAUCGGCUACGUACCUCUCCAAGAAGCAUUUCGGCCGGCUGCAGGUGGUCUUCCAGCAGGAGGCUGACGCGAAGUUCGUCUGGAGCCGCGAGGUGGAACAUUACACGAUGAAUGACAAGAAGAUUACGCUCGGCUGGCAAUACCCGGAGAACGCUGGUUACCUGAAGGAGCGUGCUUUGCAUCCGGAGGCGAUCGAGGUGCUGCUUAAGGGGGUCCCGGCGGUGAUCUCUCCGGAGAUGAUUCGGAAGAACCUGGUGACUGCGAUGCUGCUGAAGCGAGGUCGUACGUCGUUCCUCGAUGGCUCAUCUUUUCAUAGGGUCCUGGAUCCUGUCUCAGGGUCAGACACCGACAAGAUCAAGGGCCUGGUGUACAGGCACCCGGGGCAUAAGUGCUCGCAGCAGCGGGCUCUCGAGCUGACUUCUGUGUCGUCUCCCCCCCAAGCAGCUGCUUCCCUGAAGCUGUCGGCAGCGUCGAAGAUCAUAAUGGCAGACCCAGCAGUUUCCCUGACUUCGGUGGGAGGGGUCCGGGAGGAAUGGAUCUGUGUGCAAGAGGAGUGCGGGAAAGCUCAUGGGAACAACCUCGAACAGGCGGUGGACCAUGUUCAGUCACAGCUCCACUGCUCUGGCCUGCUCAAGGCGGGAGCGGCUACCCGGCAGAGCAGGGGGAAGCAGAAUCUGGCGGAUGUCCGGAAGGAGUACGGGAAGUAA